UGGGAGAUGGAGACAGAGGGAUCUAAAGUUAACAAGCUGGGGGUAACCUGCUCAGCAUACAAUCCUGUCUCCACAGCAGAAACAGAAACAGUAGUGUGUAAGGAUGUGGCGCCGAAAGCGUCAGGCGUCCCUGCCUUGCUGCUGAUAUGACGGUGACAUGAGGACAGUUCCUACUUUAAAGGGACAGUGAAUAGGGGUCUCUGGCUCCCCAGAGAGUUAAGGGUGGAGCCCCCACCGACCAGCACCAGACAAGGUUACUCUGUAUAGCCCUGGCUGUCCUAGAACUAGGCUGUCCUCGAAUUCAGAGAUCCUCCUGCCUCUGCAUCCCAAGUGCUGGGAUUAAAGGUCUGUGCCACCACCACCACUCGUGUGCUUUGUGAUUAAGUGUCAAAAUACGGAACUGGAGGAGACACGGAGACCCUAGCGACAUCUCAUUUCGGCUUAACAGUGGUCAUCACUGUGGAUAUGCUGUAACUCCAGCAUCCGGGGAGGCUGAAGCAGGAGGUCUUUGAGUUGGAGGCUACACAGUGAGCUCCAGGCUAGUCUGGGUCACGAGGCAAAAUCCUGCCUCGAAAGGAACUAAAAAGUGAGGUGACAGUCGUGCUGUGCUUUAAGCGAACUUGCCGAAGCCAGAAAAGACACUUUGAAAAUAUUCUAAUGGUUUGUUUUAAAGAAAAACAUUCGUUUGCCUAAUUGUGUGUGCACUGCGGCUGGAUGGGAGCGGCACGUUCCCAAAUUAACCCCUCCCUGGCUGGUCUAGGGAGGCUGGGUGGCGCAAGGCUUGCCCUUGACAGUUUCAGCAGAGAGAGGAGGAAGAGGGGGCGAUCUGGCCCCCUCGGUCCCCUACCCACCUUUCGGUAUUGCACCUUUCGAACCGGUGACCUCGCGCCUCGGAGUUCCCUCCCCACCACCACCACCACAAGCGCUUGGCAGCGCCAGAGUAUUGUCGGGUUUGGCAACCGGGGUGACCGCCCUAAGGGACCGGGUGCUGGCGGGGUUCUCCUUUGUGCGGCAGCUGCGCGCGGCUCCACCGCUAGGGGGCGGCCUGCGCCCCGCAGACCCCGACAAUAGGCGAGGCUGGGGAGCCGCGCGGUCCCGGAACUUUCCCGGGGUCGGCGGGACGCUCGGCCGGGCCAUGGAGGAGGGGGCUGGCGCCGCGUCCCCGCUCUGGAACUGGGACUACCUGGACCGCUGCUUCGCCCACCGCCGUGUCUGCAUCUCCUUCGGCCUGUGGAUCUGCGCCGCCUGCUGCUGGAUCGCCGCCCACGCGCUGAUUCUCUACCUGAGAUGCACAAAAAAAUGUGGCCGGGACCAGUCAACACUGUGUGCUGCCUUCUGCCUCCUGACCAGUCUGUGUGACACGGUGGGGGCCAUUCUGGCCAGACAGCUCACGAUCCAGGUGUUCACGGGCGCCUACCUAGCAGUUGUCGACUUUGGGAACUUUGUGUCCAUCCUCUUCCCAAUCUGUGGAUCCAAAUCUAAGUCGAAGUCUGGUCGGAGCAGCAGAGAGAGGAAGAGAAGAAGGCAUCUGAGAGCCAGUGUGUUUGCCCUGGCUCUGCCUCUGUGCCUGGGUCCAGGCUGGGCGAUCUGGGCUGCUGUGCCCAAGGCUUCAGCCCCAGUCCGAGGGCCACAGCGGAGGCUGCUGGGAAGCCUGCUACAGGAAAACCCAGAAGUCUUCGGCUACCUGCUGGGUGGCAUCGCUGCUUUUGGCUCCUGGGCAUCCCGGAUCCCACCAUUCUCCAAUAUCUGUCGGGGGAAGUCAUUCUCCUACAUUCACCUGUGGACUCGGUUCCUGUCAGCUCUGGCUGGCCUCCUCUACGCCUCAGCCAUCGUGGCCCAUGACCGGCACCCUGAGUACCUCCUCCAGGCCACACCCUGGUUCCUGAUUUCCCUGGGCCGAGCUGCGCUGGACCUUGCUAUCAUCUUUCUGUCCUGUGUGAUCAAGAGCAAGAUGAGGCGCGCCUUCGGGUUUGCUGCCGAAGCCAGAGAGGGCCCCGAUACACAAGCCCUUUUGACGUGCGCAGAGAAAGAAGACAAUCAGGAGGCCGGGAUCGAAGACAAGAACUCAGAUUGGGUGCCUCUCACCAGCCUGGGACACUGCAAGCCGCUGAGGACAAUGACAGCCAUCAGUCGCUACAUGGAGCUGACCAUUGAGCCUGUGCAGCAGCCUGGCUGUGGUGCCACCAGACUACCUGGUGACGGACAGACGGUGACUGGAGAUGCCGCCUUGCAGGAGCCGCCCUCAUACCCUCCCAUUCAGGUCAUCCAGGCCAGAGUGUCUUCCGGCAGCUCCUCCGAGGUCUCCUCCAUCAACUCCGACCUGGAGCAGAAGUAUUGGGAAGCCCUAAACUCGGAGCAGUGGGACCCUGAAGAUGUCAACCUUGAAAGGAACAAGGACAACGUGGAGUUUGUUAGCUCACAGAUGCACAGGGGCUCUUUGACUCCAGUGGAUUUGACCUCUGACGACUGACCUCUCCAGAGCCAGUUCACCAGCUCAGAACUCAAGGUCAGGCAUCUGCCAGUGGGACAACCUACAGUGCCACCCCUGGCAGAAGCAGAAGCUGCUGCAGAAGCUUUCCAAGGAGUGAGGACCCCCAAGCUGUCACUUGGCUUGGCUUGUCUACUCCAUGGCUCAGAAUGGAGCUAAGGCUGUGGGGCCACUAGACAGAGCUGCACAGGCCACCAUUACUCUGAUGAUGAGAAGUUCGCAGAUGAAUCCUGUUUGUAAAGAUAAGCUUCCUCCCAAAGGACAUGGGGUCUAUUGCCAUGAGAGUCAAGCGUAAAUACUGUUUGCUUAAUAAGAGGGUCGGACUCGCCAAGUGCUACUGUUUGGACCUCAAAAGAAUGCAUUUGAGAUUCAACUUAGCUCUGAUGAGAGACUGGGCCCACAAGCUAGGGGACCUGGGCACAUGCACAGGGACUGGCUUCUGCUGUCCAGUGCCUUCCAUAGCUGCCACCACACGUUAUAUAGGACUGCCUGGUCAACUGAGCAUUUGAAAGACAUUGGCAGGGCAAGGACAACUGCUACGUGAUCUUGGGAACAGGACCCCCUCCAGCGUGGCCAAGUCUGGGCUGGGUUCGCACAGUAUGGGGUCUCAUGUGCACGCAGGGGAUACGGACACAAAGCAACGAGUGGUUUCAAGUAUGGCGAGGCCAUCGAAGGGUGGUUUUGAUACCAUGACCGUGAUGAGUGAGGGGAAGAAUGAAGGGAAUGGGGUCAGGCGGGAGUGAACACUGGGUUGAGUGGAUUAAAAUAUCUCAAGGUGGAGAACAGGAAUAAGUCUGAAUCCUAGCACAGAAUUCUGCCACGAGGGGAACUGGGAGAAAUGCCAAGAAACACAGCUCUGCUCGCAGCUGGCCCGUGACUGCCUGUGACUCAGCUGCAGCUGCCCAGUGUCUCCUUAGGGGCAAUACAAAUCCCCAUGGUGUGAAGAACCGGGUGCUGGUGGAAGGGGUUGAUUGUGCAGGUUUCCGCAGAGUGCCUAAUGCCCUGUGACCUCUAAGCCAGAAUUCAAAGCUGCUUUAUCUGCUUUGAGCCCUUAGUUUUCUAGUGAGGGAGCUUGCCGAAGUCGGUGUUGCUUUGCCGUCUUCAGUCCUGCAGCUACUUUGAGGAAAGAGGAUCAUUGGGGCCCGGGGUGAAAUGGAACAUUCCAGCCCAGAUCAUAGCAUAGAGGCAGUGAAGGGUGCGAUCUAGUCAAGGAAGAAGCCUGGCAUGGCCAGCAUGGCUGGAGCCAUAUAAUUUUGAAAAGAGAGAGCUGGGAAAGAAUCAGGCUAUGGAGACUAGGGUGUUAGUACCGAACGCUGUAACCAUGCAAGAAGAAACCAAAAGAGGAAGGUGACUGACUUGCUCAAGUAGACUACAGUUAGUGAGUUUCUCAUCCUUGAAUUUUCAUAAAGCAGAAAUGUAAUCAUGGGUGCAGAGUGAACAUGAGACACACGAUUAAAGUAUAUUUCUUUAAAAAGG